AAACAUUUCCUUUAAACAAUAAUGCGGUGAUGCAAUAGAAUAUUGCAUCACCGAAAGAAGAAUGUCUCUUUUAUGUUUCUAUGGAGCAACAGACAAGUUCAGAAAUAUCCAAAGUGUUUAACCGGUGACCUAGGAUCAUGCUGGACUCCUUUCACUUCCAAUCACGCUGCAGUGCACACCUGCAUCGCUAAAGUGGAUUAUCAACCUCGGUGUGUCAUUAUUCCAAUGUAUAUCCUAAACGAAUCAUUAACAGACGGGGGUUACGUCCUAUGCAAAUAUUGUAACUGGGACAGACCGGCUCUAUGUUGAUGAUACGAUUAUGGGUCGCGUUCCCAUUUCAAUAAAGUUCGGCUAACGAAGAAGCCUCAGAUAACGGAACAAAAUUGGCAUGGCUGAAUUUGGGCCCCUUCAAUCCUGUUAUUUGAAACUUCUUUAUAUCUGGUCAGAUUUAAUCAUUUCUUUUUAGCCAGUUGUGAAGGUUAAUGCUACAUCGAGCGUUUACAAAAUGCAAAACUAUGAAUUCAAUAAAUUCAUCAAUAUUAUCUAUCAUCUACACACUUUAAAAAGAGGACUGUUCUGAGGAAUGUGAUAGCUGCUUAGCAUUCCAAAUGGAUGUCGUUGUGAGAGACAGCCUUUUGCAGCCUGGCAAGAAAUGAGUCAACUGACCUAACAAUGCUUAGGUGCAACUGCAGCAAACCCCCGCGAUUCUUUCAAUUCGAUGUCUUUUCGAGAACUUUAAUUAAUAAAGACUAGUCAGCGAUGAAUGACCUUCAAUUUUUCAAUGCAAAAAGAAUGUAUAAACAAAAGAAUGUUGAACAAAGCUCAAGAGGUUUCUAUGGCAAGAACACAGGCAAAGAUUGAUAGCUUUUGGAAAUCUGUAGUACAGGCACUAAGAUACAAAUAAUUGAAUUCUACAAGUAAAGCGGAGACUUCAUGCCUCUGUCUUAAUAUUGAUGGAAUAUGUUUCGAAUAAUACUUCUUUGGUUUGCAUUUUCGGUCAAUAUUAAAGAGGCGAUAAGCGGAUACGAAAAUUCUCUGUUUGCAAAACUUCUUAACAACUACAACGUAGAGCUGCGGCCUGUACGGCAUCAGCACGAUCAAAUACAAGUUCAAGUGGAUUUAGGAUUGACUCAGAUCAUAUCUAUGGACGAGAAACAUCAAGUACUUAUCUGGAAUGGUUGGGUAAAACAGUACUGGAAUGAUCAUCGCCUCAAGUGGAACACGUCUCAGUUUGGAAACAUAGAUGACAUUUCAGUUGAUAAAGAUAUCAUUUGGAAGCCUGACAUGGCGCUUUACAAUAAUGCGAAAGAAAACUUCCAACUUCUCAGCGUAGAAGCUCAAGAAAAGAUAAUAGUGACCCACUCUGGUAAUUGUUUCUGGGCAAUUCCCUUUGUAUUUCGCACAAUUUGCCAGUUAAAUGUCAAAUAUUUUCCAUUCGACGAACAAAGUUGUCAGUUUGAAAUAGGCUCUUGGGCCUACACCGGAGAUGUUUUCAACAUAAGCUACAAAAAUCCGCAAGGAGAUCUCUCACAAUACUCUGAGAACAGUGCCUGGAAAGUACUCAAAAUCGAUGUCGCACAUAAAAUUGGGUACUACCAAUGCUGCCCAGAGCCGUUCCCGUCCAUCAUAUACACAAUGCAAUUGCGAAGGCGCUCAAGGCACUAUAUAUACAAGAUCUUUAUACCAACCUUGCUAAUAGCUCUUCUUGCGAUAUUCUCGUUUUUUCUACCGUCAAGUUCUGGAGAGCGCGUCACAUUGCUAAGCACAAACUUCGUGUCUCUUGCUUUUUUCAUCAUGUCGUUAUCAACUUUGGUCCCACCGACUUCAGAGGUAACACCGUUAAUUGAAAUCUAUCUUACUGCGGUGUUUAUAGAGAUAUGCGCAGCACUUAUUCUCCGCUGCUUUAUAGAUAUAUUCAAGCGAAAGCAGUUACAGCCUGGAAGAUUUGUUCGCGUGGUAGUCAACCAAUUCCUUGCAACACUCCUUUGUGUAAGGCGCAAAACUGCCGACUGUCUAACUCCAGAAAACGAUAAUUUUCCAGCAUUGGGCCCAGAAAACAUAAACCUGGCCGUCUUAAAAGAUUCAGAGACUUAUCCUGAUAAUUCUUAUUAUGAAUGGAGGGAUGGCACAAUGCUUCGACGGGUUAAUCGACUUGCUGACCACGACAACGACUCGUCCAUCUAUAUGAACAAUGAAUGUCAUGGGGAAAAUACGAAAAAAACUUUUUCGAGCGAAGACAUGUUAGAAAAUAGCUCUGGAAAAGAUAAGGGAAUGACUGAAUUUGAAGAGAGAUCGUUAUUUUCACUAGAAACAGUUUCAGAUUCCGUGGUUCAGAAAUAUAUCUCGAAAAAACGACGCCAGGAGUUGGACCAACUUAUACAGCGCGUGGAUCAAUUGUUCUUCUGGUUGUUUACACUGGCCAUGAGUGGAACAUUGCUUUUUGUAUUUUUGACCCCUCCUAAUCUAGUGUUCUGAGACAUUGAAGCUCCGACCCCAACAUUUGACAGGAGUUGGACCAACUUACACAGUGCGUGGAUCAAUCGUUCUUCUGGUUGUUUACACUGGCCAUGAGUGGAAUUUUGCUUUUUGUAUUUUGCUUUUGACCCCUCCUAAUCUAGUGUUCUGAGACAUUGAAGCUCCGACCCCAACAUUUGACAGGAGUUGGACCAACUUACACAGUGCGUGGAUCAAUCGUUCUUCUGGUUGUUUACACUGGCCAUGAGUGGAAUUUUGCUUUUUGUAUUUUGCUUUUGACCCCUCCUAAUCUAGUGUUCUGAGACAUUGAAGCUCCGACCCCAACAUUUGACAGGAGUUGGACCAACUUACACAGUGCGUGGAUCAAUCGUUCUUCUGGUUGUUUACACUGGCCAUGAGUGGAAUUUUGCUUUUUGUAUUUUGCUUUUGACCCCUCCUAAUCUAGUGUUUUGAGACAUUGAAGCUACGACUCUAGCAUUCGUCAAGUGUUGAGUACAGGUUGUUCAAGAAUAUCAAAAUUGUGUGAAAGGAAAAUGAAUGAAAUCUACUGUGAUAGGCACAAAUUGUGACGAACACCGAACGCUUCGAAAAGAUUAUUAAUUCUUCUACGUUGACUGGCAUCUUAUCAUGGUAUGUGACACAAAGAUACCAAUCACAGUAUUGCAUGCUGUAUUUAUGUGAAUCAGAAUAUGUAUUAAAAAGCAAGCAAGAGUAAUGGAUUUUGAGCGAAAAACACAGUCAAGGCAGAAUGAAGUAGAAGCAGAAACACUUUGAAAUUUAUCAAAUUAUUCUAUUAGUUGAAUCAUUUUUAAAUAGCGGGAGGUAUUAAAGAAUUAGAAAUGCUAUGUUCAGUGGUAAACGAGUAUUAUGGUAGUUACGUAGACCUUUCUCAAGAACCAACACCUAUACAACUGCUAAAAAUUACGACAAGGACAAAGAUUGCUAGAAUUUCCUGAAUUAAGAGAACGCGUAAUAGGAGCUAAAAUUAGAAGAGAUAGUCAUUCAUUCAAUGAGUUUUUCGCUCUCAGAAUGGUAUUAUUCUGAAGAUUUGGCAAUGACAGGAGAAGGAACGAUGAUGAAAUCAAUUGAUCAGAUGACGCAAAUGACAAAAAAAUGAUUGCUUGGUGGAUUCAGAAGACUUUUAUAAAAUGCAGGGAAAAGCAACGAAUUUGAUAUGUAUCUGGGAAAAAGUAAGGAAUCUACCGUAAAGAUUUCCUAAAAAAACGUAGCAGUUCGCCGAAAUGAUUAUGUUAAAAAUAAAAGUUUAUUCCCGCGAUAGUCAAACCAGUAAAGAUCAGUAAUGAAACUUCGACUGUGGCAACACUCAACUUAAGCAGUAGUCCAUUAAAACAAACAUUGACAUUUGAAAGAAGACUGAUAAUUCAAUUCGGAAAGGAGACUGGUAAUUUAAUUCGAAAAGGAGACUGAUAAUUUAACUCGAAAUUAGCCUUCGUCACAGACCAAAUCGAAUAUCAACUUAAAGUCAAUUUAAUCGAGAGAAUAAAUUUUUCAACAUCUGUUAGUGUGUCGUGUCUAAAGAAACUUCUGUAAAAAUUGCUUGCCAAUACUCCGUAUUCUAUAUACAGCUGUAUUAAAAUAACAAUUAUUUCUGAAUAACUAUAAACGAAACUUAAGUGUUUACAAAAUAAAACUACGAUGUAUUACAAGAGGCAAAUAUCUUCAAUUCAA